AAUAUGGUUUAUUGCCGGUCGCUUGAGGACUUUGAAAUUCUUCUUUCCCUCGCAUCGAAUUUCACCGAGUUUUGGCCGUUUUUCAUCGUCUUUUGGAACCGGUUUAACAUCGUGAAUGAAUUUAAUUCUGCACUACAAAAGAGGUUUCGGAUGUAAACAAAGCAUUGAGAUUUUUGAAAAGGUACCAGUAUCUUCGUGCUGGCUUUGAAAACUAAAGGACUUUAUAACACUUUGAGCAACAUCGCGUCACGUAAAGGAGGACAUAUGGUGGAUUUUAAGUUUUAUGGUGUUCAGAAAAGAUCGAAUUGGGAACCGAUUUAACCGCAAUGAAAAGUUUUAUGGUUCAUUCUCAAGAAUGGAUAUUAAGAUGCUUGGGGAACAAGUCACGAGUUGAAAAGUCCUUCACUACCGAUGAUGUAGAGACAACAUAUGGAGAGCUUAACAACACGGGGAGGUAUAUCGCAACGAUAUCAUGGACACCUUUUGAUAUUCAAUUGAGCAAUUGGACUGGAUACGGAAUAAUAUACGCAAUAAUAGAUUUCACCAGCGAUAACGCUGCCAAAACCUAUUGUCAAGAAUUGGAUAAGGACGCUACGAACAUUACCAUAACUAAUUCUUCUUACGGAAUGAUGAAUGAUUCUUAUCUUGUGCUUUAUAUUACUUCUCUGCCAUAUCCUGUGCAAAUGUUCUAUGACUUCCCAAUCCUUUGCGAAGUGCCAACACCAUGCGUAGGGGAGUCAGCCCAGAGACGCCCUACGUUUACAGGUGGCGACAAAAAAAGUGUUACCAACAUGGCAGCUUCCAUCUCCUCAACAUGUGCUGUUGUUCUUAUAUUUUUUUUGCUAUCGUCUUCGACGUCUGUGAGUUUCAUUGCCUGAUAUGGAAUUUGAGUACCACGCCUUCCUUAUUUACAGCUCCCAAGACUUGAAGUGUUGUGUGCAUUACGUUACUUAACAAAAAGAAUCCGUGUUGCCAAGCGUCUGUUAUCGAUUACUGAACAAAUGCAGGGAAACAUGUGAUCUAUUUGUUUUUAUGUAAUAAA